CUAUUAUUGAAUAUUGAUACAGUCUCAUGAGUAUCUUCAAUUGAGAUCACUCAAAUUUAAUCAUGAAUAUUGUUGGGACCUCAUGGAUAAUCAAUAAUUGCGAUUAUUGAAAAUGAAUGUCAUAUCAUUAUCUUCAAUUUCACCUAUUUACAGGAGAAAUAGUAUACUGAGAAGGAGAGUUAACCCAUAUUUUAAGGGAUUAAUAAGAGAACAAAAGCAUACGCAUGUACGUACAUGCAUGCAUGCAAUUUCUCCAUCCAUCUCUUCCGAUAGCUUCCAUUUCCCUAAUAAAAAAAUUUCAUUGAUCUUCUUCUAUCUGAUUUCCUGGCACUUACAUACUCGCCGUUAGCUAGCUUGAAUUCCCCUCCUUUCCAUCAUCUUCGUGGCUAGCUAGCGUGCGUAGGGUACCUCCGGCCCGAGGACCGACCGACAACCUUCCCUUCCAAUCCCAUCCUCUUCUCAUCAAUUCAUUAUAGUUUGUUUCCCCUCUAGGUAAUAAUCAUCAUAUAUUCAUAUCUAUUUGGGCUGGCUGGUUUUGAUCUCACCAGGCAUGUUCAUGUUCAUGCCAUAUCAUGAAUGCAAAUGUGGAGCAUAUGUAUAAUGUAUGUAUAUAGCUAGGCGUAUGAUUUGAUGUCGAAUGCUAUCGAAGUAGCAUCGUGGUGCGGGGAAAUCAUCUUGUUGGAAUUGGCCCCAACACCGGAACAUCAAUCCGGUAGAGGAGAAACGGCAGCCACCGCUGCCGCCAUAUCAAGAUAUGAACUGUUUCCCCUGUUUUCAAAAGAAAGAAGAUGACAUUGAUAAGGAGCAGUCGGAGCAGCUUCCUGUUGCUCAACCAAGAGAGCUUCUCCUCCCCUCCCCUCCCCGCCCUGUUCCGUCUCUUAACAAGGAAUGUAGUACGACAACACCACCGGAAGUGAUUCCUCCACCCGCUGUUUUAGACAACAACAAGCAGCAGGCAGUAGACAAAGGGAGCGUAGAAAGUGGAAAUUCCAACGCCAAGACUUUCACUUUCCGGGAGCUUGCGAGUGCAACAAAGAACUUCCGGCAAGAAUGCCUCAUAGGUGAAGGUGGAUUUGGAAAAGUAUUUAAAGGAACACUUCCAAAUGGGGAGGUGGUUACUGUUAAGCGGCUUGAUAGGACAGGAGCACAUAACAGUAAGGAGUUCUCUGUAGAAGUGCUGGUCUUAACCCUUCUUAACCAUCCUAAUCUUCUGAACCUUAUUGGCUAUUGCGCUGAUGGAGAACAAAGACUUUUGGUCUAUGAAUACAUGCCAAUUGGUUGUCUCCAAACCCAUCUUUUUGACAUUCCAGAGCAUAAAGAGCCACUGAAUUGGUCGACUAGAAUGAAAAUAGCCUCUGGAAUAGCCCAAGGACUAGAAUAUUUGCACGAAAAGGCCAACCCUCCCAUCAUAUAUAGAGAUUUGAAAUCUUCAGCCAUUUUGUUGGACGAAGAUUAUAAUCCUAAGCUUUCUGAUUAUGGUCUUGCUAAGCUUGAGGGGGGAGGGGGAAGCAAUACACUCUUAAAACCAAGGGUUAUGGGAACCGGUUAUUGUGCGCCAGAGUACGAAAGAACCGGCGAGCUCACUUUGAAGUCUGAUGUUUACAGUUUUGGUGUGGUUUUGGUUGAGCUCAUUUCAGGCCGCCAAGCCGUGGACACCGCAAGACCAAUAGAUCAACAAAAUUUAGUGGAGUGGGUAAGUAAUAAAAAUUAAAUUUAAUGCUAAAUUUCAUAAACUAUAUGGGCAUGUUUGGAGUUUGGAAUUGAUUGUGCUUAGGCUUCUUUUUUAAGUAGAAAUAGAAUCAAAAUUGGUUUUACAGAAUACUUUUGAACUUUGAGCCAAAUAAUCCUACCUAAUGGAGGAGAAGCAAUUUUGAGAAGAUAGAAACACCAAAUUUAAUGAUUGAUUGCGAGUUAUCGCUUCAAUAGAACAAAAGUAAACUAACAAUGCAAAAUGACUUUGAUUUACCUACAGGCACGACCCAUUUUCAGGGAUCCAAAAAGGUUCCCAGAAAUGGCAGAUCCACUUAUGAAGAACGCAUUUCCAAUGACAAGUUUGAACCAAGCAGUAGGUGUCGCCGCCAUGUGCCUCCAAGAAGAAGCAUCAGUACGCCCUCUGUUCGGUGACGUCGUCGCUGCUCUUAGUUUCCUAGCAGCGGCUCCAAUAGAAGAACCGUCAGUCCCCGUUGCACCGCUUCCGGACCAGACCCAACCAUCACCGGAGAAUCCAAAUGAAAAUACAUCCGACAGCGACAGUAGCGAUGAUGAGGACCAAAACAGUGAAAACAGUUCCUCUUCCUCGGAUCAAAGUGAGGAUGAAGGAGAAGGAGAGGAAUCAGAGUCCAGAAGAGGCAAUUCUAAAAGGAUAAACUCAAGAUCAAGUAGCAUCAGAAGCAAUUCAUCAUCCUCAGAUGAUGGAAAUGCAUCAUCAGAUGAUGGAAAUGCAAGUGAUGGUUUGAGCCCAAGGCGGAGCAGAACCGCCUACAAAGACGACCAAGAGAGCGAUUCCAUCAACUGGAGAAAUGACAGAAUCUCAGAUGCCGAUGAAGACGUCGGCGACAUGAGCUUCUGUUACAGCGUUAAUGCCAGUAUGAAUUUGAGAUCCAGCAGUAUUGCGGAAUCAGAUGAUGGGAGGAGUAUGAGAUCCAGUUUAAGGAAGGAAGGCAGUAUGAAAUCUGAGAAUCAGAAUUUUGGUUCAUACUCGUCAACAAGCAGCGAUGAAGAACUAGAUGAAGAUAAAGCUUGGCAUUGAUUAUAUGUAUCCAUUUUCUGUAAUUUUGGUGAACCAUCAAGGAAAUGUGCAUAUCCAUUUUGGUGAUUCAAUUACUUAAAUGUUUA